UCCAGGCCCCGGGCUCCUGCGUCCUCUUGGGUCCGCUGGAGCUCCAGGAAGCGGGUCGUUGGAGCCGGGGGAUACUUGAGUCUGGGGUCUCAGGGAAGAGCCUGCCGAGCCCGUUUGUCUCCCCUCCCAAGGGGUCUUCUGCAGCCAUGGGGGCCCUGCGGGCUCUGCUCCUGGCCCUCGCUGCUGGCGUGGCCACCGCCAAGCCACCCAACAUUGUGCUGAUCUUUGCUGAUGACCUGGGUUAUGGGGACUUGGGCUCCUACGGGCACCCCAGCUCCACCACCCCCAACCUGGACCGCCUGGCUGCAGGGGGGCUGCGCUUCACUGACUUCUACGUGCCCGUGUCGCUGUGCACCCCCUCGCGGGCCGCCCUCCUGACUGGCCGACUCCCUGUUCGGAUGGGCAUGUACCCUGGAGUCCUGGAGCCCAGCUCCCGGGGGGGCCUGCCCCUGGACGAGGUGACCCUGGCUGAACUCCUGGCUGCCCAAGGCUACCUCACAGGGAUGGCUGGCAAGUGGCACCUUGGAGUGGGGCCAGAGGGGGCCUUCCUGCCCCCGCACCACGGCUUCCAUCGGUUCCUAGGUAUCCCAUACUCCCAUGACCAGGGCCCCUGCCAGAACCUGACCUGCUUCCCACCAGCCACCCCCUGCAAAGGCAGCUGUGACCAGGGCCUGGUUCCCAUCCCACUGCUGGCCAACCUGUCUGUGGAGGUACAGCCCCCCUGGCUGCCUGGACUAGAGGCCCGUUAUGUGUCUUUUGCCUGCGACCUCAUGACCGAUGCCCAGCGCCAGGGCCGCCCAUUCUUCCUGUACUACGCCUCCCACCACACCCACUACCCCCAGUUCAGUGGGCAGAGCUUCACAGGGCGCUCUAGCCGCGGGCCAUUUGGGGACUCCCUGAUGGAGCUGGAUGCAGCCGUAGGGGCCCUGAUGACAGCUGUGGGGAACCUGGGGCUGCUUGGAGAGACACUGGUCAUCUUCACUGCAGACAAUGGACCUGAGACGAUGCGCAUGUCCCUUGGCGGCUGCUCUGGUCUCCUGCGAUGCGGAAAGGGAACGACCUUCGAGGGGGGUGUCCGAGAGCCUGCCUUGGCCUUCUGGCCAGGCCACAUCGCUCCCGGCGUGACCCAUGAGCUGGCCAGCUCCCUGGACCUGCUGCCUACCCUGGCAGCCUUGACCGGGUCCCCGCUGCCCAACGUCACCUUGGAUGGCUUCGACAUCAGCCCCCUGCUCCUGGGCACAGGCAAGAGCCCUCGGCAGUCUGUCUUCUUCUAUCCGGCUUUCCCGAACCAGAUCCAUGGGGUCUUUGCUGUGCGCAGCGGAAAGUACAAGGCCCAUUUCUUCACCCAGGGCUCUGCCCACAGCGAGACCACUGCAGACCCUGCCUGCCACGCCUCUAGCCUUCUGACCCCACAUGAGCCCCCCCUGCUGUAUGACCUGUCUGAGGACCCUGGUGAGAACUACAACCUUCUGGAGAGUGUGGCUGAGGUCACCCCCGAGGUGCUGCAGGCAAUGAAGCAUCUCCAGCUGCUCAAGGCCCAGUUUGAUGCGACUGUGACCUUCGGCCCCAGCCAGAUGGCGCGGGGUCGAUGCUGUUCCCCUGUGUUACAAAUGAGGAAACUGAGGCAUGGAGAGAUUCAGGGACUUGUCCAAGGUCACCCAGCCAGAAAGAGAUUGGGCUGAAAUUGCAACCCAGGUGUCCUGACUCCAGAGGCUUCCCAGCACCUUGGCGAUCUAUGUAUGUCUGUGCACAUGCACACACCAGCCACGAGAAUGUGGCACAUCACUCAGCAGAGCAGUCCUAAGUGCUUUUAGGUGCCGGGAGCUGGGUGGGAGCGUGGGAGAGCUUGGGGACAGAAAACUCCAGAAGAUGCAGAGUGCCUGGGAGAGACAGAUUUUUUCCCAGGAAAAAGCAUUCUUAGAGGCACAAGAACUAGACCACCUUGGUUCUUAUCAGAAACCUGUGUGAAGGCAGGUGAUGAGGUGCACAUUCCCGGUGCAGAUAAGGGGCCCUGGGGCCCUGCCAGCUCUCAGAAAGGCAUAUCAGCAGCUCCUGAGACAGCCCCACUGGACCCUGGUCCACCCGCCCAAGGCUCUGCAUUUCACCUGCACACACACUUCCUGUCUCCCAGUUUUACCUUUGACGUGGACAAAGUGAUCUCCUAAAAAGUCCAUCAAGUUAGGUUCCAUCCUGCUCAAAACUCCACAGGCUUCCCAUCAUUCUCAGAGUGAGAUCCAGACUUCUUAUGGUGGCCCACUUUGCCCUUGAGGCCUGCCCCACUCGCACCUCGUCGGCCCGCAGCCAUGGCCUGAGUGUCCUUCCACCAGCAACAUUCCACCUGCAUUGCUGGCCGCCUCUGCACAGGGAUGUCCUGACCACCUGCCUGUGUCUGCAUGCAUGGCAACUGGCCUCAGGACCCCUGCCCACCCAAAUGGCUGUCCCACAGCAGGCACUGCCUCGGUGUUGGCUGAAGGAAAAGAACACCAUGUGGGUGUGCAGACUCCUCUGCACAGCAGACGCUGUUCGUUGCCUGCCAAACAGCCACCCACUUCCUCACUAAUGGACCCCCUCUUUCCUCAGUGGUGGGCAAAGCCCCUUGACGUCGGGAGGGUAGUGACCAGUCUGAAUCAGUCACAAUCCAAAGAUUGGUCCAGGAGGGGCCUGUGACCAAGAAGAGUCCUUGUGGUGAAAGGUUGGGGCAGUCCCCUGGGAGGUAAGGAACACCUAGUGGCAGAGUCACUGGCCCUGCCUAGACAUCAUGCUGCUGCCAAACCAGUGUCUCCAACUGCCCACCUGCAGAGCUCCAGUGUGAGAAAAUAUACCUGCCUGUUUAAGCCGCUGCCAGGGUCCCGUCUGUUACUUGCAGCCAGAAGCAGCCUUGCUGGACUGUGCGGAUGAAGCAUGUGGUGAGCGUGUGUGUGUGUGUGCACACGCGUGUUGCGUGCCCGUGGUGUCAGGCACCACGUGCAGAGGCCCCUUCUUCUUAUGCAACUCUCCCAUCACUUCUAAUCAUAUGCCAAAUCCUGCUGUGUCUCGGAGCCACCCCCAAAGGACAGUGGUUUCCUCGGGGUCCCCAGCAGCCGCCUACUCUGGCACAGUGAGGGCUGCAGGCUGCAUUUGUGGUGUGAGUGAGCUGCUGGCCCCAUAUGGUGUCUUGGUUCAGGGAGAGGACAGAGGAACUGAGGCAGAGGCACAAUCAACGUGUCACACCCAAAGACCAAACCCUCCGGCAAGAGCUAAGUCCACACGGAGGCCAGCACCACACACAGGCCACUUCCUCUGCCCCGCCGCCCUGCUCCUCACUUGGGUGCUGUGCAUCGCAGUAUUGACUGCCCGUGUCCACCCACCAGCACCACACAGUGCUGGGCAUGGAGUUGUCAGAGCCGAACACGGAGAUAAGCUCACAGCAGGGUGUCAGACGUGUGGAUGUCAGUGUGAUAGAAGUCACCACCUCUUGUGCGGAGGGGGGUGGACGUUGCCUGGAAGGGACACUGGGAACCUGGGGCUAUUGUAGACGUUCUCGCCUUGACUGGGGGCGUGGCAAUGUGGUGUGUACACAGGUGUGAAGCAAUCAAGCUAAAUGGUUAAGAGCUGUGUACUUUAUGAUGUCACUGUGUACUUUAUACUUCAAUAAAAUAAAAAUCUAACCUUGAUAAAU